AUGGCUGCUUCCACUGCUGCUGAAAUAAUCGGUGGCAACAAGAAGCUGACGGUGGAGAUCCUUCAGCGUCUGCCAGCGAAAUCCCUCAUUCGGUUCAAGUCAGUCUCGAAAGCAUGGCUCUCUUUCAUCUCCACUCCUCGCUUCUCUCUCCUCUGGCAAUCCCAUCAUCAUCCCAAAGUCUCCGGCCUUUUCUUCAACCCUAGAUCCCGACCUGAAACCAUCAAAUACGUUCCUCUCACUCACUCCGACGACUUAAGGAAUCAAUGUGAUAUUGCAACCAUUAUUAAUGGUGGAGAAGAAAACAAUUCACCUGCUGCUAGAAUCAUAGACUCUCGUAAUGGUUUUCUACUUGUCUAUUUUUCUAAGCUGCAGAGCUGUAGUUCUGGUUCUGGUUGGAGGGAGUCGUACUCGUACCACGCUUUAAAGCCUGGUAGUGCCUGCCCGAUUCAAAUACAUAUUUAUUCGUCGGAAACCAAUGACUGGCGGAGAUCACCACUAAAUGGUGAUUUUCAUAGUGUGAACUUGAGUGAAGGAGUCUAUUGCAAUGGUUCCAUCCAUUGGCUUUCUUUCCGCGAAGAAAAAACUUCCUUAUACUUGGAUGUUGAUCAAGAAAGAUUUUGCCCAAUGCCAUCUCCACCGUAUAACUACACUACAGGUUUUAAAUGCCGGCAUUUUGGGGAGUCCGGAGGUCAUUUGCAUUAUAUUAGAUAUUAUGAUAAUAUGGGAUUCAAUGUCAACGUCUUGGAGAUGGAAAGUGAUUACUCCAAGUGGACACCCAAGUAUUCGACGACGAUGGUUGUUGAUCUUUCAUUAGAGGUUGUCUGCAUGGAUACAGCGCUUAGUUUUAUCCAUGUUGAAGAUGAAGGGGAUGUGUUUUUGUUACUUCUUGUACGUACCGAGAUGAAUUAUAUGAUCAUCUCCUACAACAUUAAGGAGAACACAUUUAAGAAGCGUGUUAAUGAAGAGGAAGAGGAAGAGGAAGAGUUUGAAGCAGCCGGAAGACCAAUCAUCCAAAAUCACAUCCAUAAAUUUAGAAGGAUUAGCGGAAGCAAAAGGCCAAGUACGAAGUGUUUCAAGCAGCAUUACAGAACCAUGGCUUCAAUCUCAGACAAUGGGAGUUGUAUCUGA